AUGGCCUUCGGUAUCCUGUACACGCGCCCUUUCAACCCCCGUUCAACAGCCAUCCUGGCAGUUGCCAAAGCUUCCAACCUCCCACUGGACCUCGUGACAAUCACGUCAUCUCAACAGGCGCCAGAAGAAUACCUAAAGCUGAACCCCCUCGGCAAAAUCCCCACAUUCGUCGGCGCAAACGGUUUCAUCCUGUCCGAGUGCAUAGCAAUUGCCAUCUACAUCACAUCCCAAGACAAAACCACCUCCCUCCUUGGCUCCGGCAACACCGAAAACCACGCCAGCAUCCUCCGCUGGAUGUCCUUCGCCAACUCGGAGAUCCUCCCCUCCCUCGGCGGGUGGUUCAACCCCUUGAUCGGUCGCUCGCCCUUUGUGCAGGAAGAAGUCGAGCUCAACAGGCAAGCAACACUCAAGAGGCUUCAGAUCAUCGAGGACCACCUCGCUGCGAAGACGACUUCUUAUCUGGUUGGGGAAACACUCUCCCUUGCUGAUCUGUUUGUCGCGGGGAUUAUUGCUGGGGCAUUUAGGUUCUUUUUGGACGGGGAGUGGCGGGGUGCACACCCGGCGUGUACGAAGUGGUUUUUACAUGUUUAUGAGCAGCCAAUUUUUUCUGAUGUGGCGGGGAGGCCGGUGUUGGCGGAGGAGCCUAUGGCGAAUGUUCCUCCUGGGAAGAGGGGGGAAUAG